AUGCUGUUGAAGAACAGUGAAGGGGACUCCAGCGUGACACCACUUCCCCCUGCCGAGUGCAAGUACCUGGUUUGGACGUCCUAUAAUGGCCUGGGAAACCACAUACUCACCUUGGCGUCGGCGUUCUUGUACUCUCUCCUUACUGGGAGGGUCAUGCUCGUUGACCGAGGGAAGGAUCUCACCGCUCUCUUCUGCGAGCCCUUCCCUGAUGCCACGUGGCUCGUGCCCACUAACUUUCCCGUCGAUUUCCAAGUCUUCGAGUCGAAGAACAACCAGAGCUACGGCAACAUGCUGAGGUACGGUAAGAUUAGCAUCGCUAGCAGUGGCGUCGUGACUGGGCCUCCCCUCCCCUUCAUCUACGUCCACAUGACUUAUCGAUACGACAACAAUGAUAAGCGAUUUUUCUGCGAGCCCGACCAGGAGUUCCUGGUCAGGAUGCCAUGGAUGGUGCUCAAGGCGGACAACUACUUCGUGCCGGCGUUGUUCUUGAACCGAAUGUUCGAACCGGAGCUCAGCCGGUUGUUCCCAGACAAGGAGACUGUUUUCCACCACAUGAGCAGGUACCUCUUCCAUCCGUCCGACACCGUCUGGGGGAUGAUUACCAGGUACUACCAGUCCUACCUCUCAAUGGGUAGGGAGAAAUUGGGGAUCCAGAUCAGAAUAUUCAACAAGGACGAAUCACCUUUAGACCUGGUAGCGGAUCAGGCCAUAAACUGCACACUCAGAGAAGGGCUGCUGCCGCCAGUGGCUUUGGACAGGCCAAUCGUCUCUGCCAACCUAAACAAUACCAAGGUCGUUCUUAUUGCCUCCCUUCACUCCCAAUUCUCUGACCGAAUCAGGAAUAUGUAUUGGGAGCACCCCAACAAGGGCGGCGCCGUGGUUAGUGUUCACCAGCCAAGUCACGAGGAAUGGCAGCAGACGGGAUCGGAGAACCAUGACCUUAAGGCGUGGGCGGAGAUAUAUCUCCUCAGCUUUGCCGACGUUCUGGUGACGAGCACCGGGUCAACGUUCGGGUACAUUGCGCAGGGGCUCGCUGGUAUACGACCCUGGAUCCUUGUAAGGCCUUAUGGCGGCAAGAUGCCGGAACCCGCCUGCAUGAGGGAGACGUCCAUGGACCCUUGUUUCCACUCGCCGCCAUGGUAUGACUGCAAGUCCUGCAAGUCAUUCUCCGAUCCGGGAAAGGAGAUCUCCUACGUGACGCACUGCAGGGACGUUCCCGACGGCAUCAAGCUGGUUGGUCGGACUGACUGA